AUGGUCACAGUACUCUCAAAGUUGAUCGCCUUUGCGAGCCUCGUGGCUUGUGGCGGCGCUCAAACGGCCAUCACAAUCGACGCCUCCACGAGUUACCAGACCAUUGACGGAUUUGGCUUCUCUCAAGCCUUCGGACGCGCCAACGAGUUCAAGAAUGCCCCGUCGGCGACCCAGAAGAAAGCCCUUGAUUACCUGUUCAGCACCAGCACCGGGGCUGGAUUCUCCAUUAUUCGCAAUCGCAUAGGGUCCGGUGGCUCAGGAGACAGCAUCCUGCCCACCAGUCCAGGGUCCCCUUCCAACACCCCAAAAUACGUCUGGGAUGGCAAUGAUUCGGGUCAAUUCUGGUUUACGCAACAGGCAAUAAGCUAUGGUGUGAAGACCAUCUAUGCCGAUGCAUGGAGUGCGCCCGGGUUCAUGAAGACGAGCGGAAGUGAUUCAACGGUUGGCUACCUAUGCGGCACAACUGGACAUAGUUGCAGCACAGGCGACUGGAAACAGGCGUAUGCUAACUUCUUGGUACAAUAUGUGAAAUACUAUGCCGCACAGGGUAUUACAGUAACGCAUGUCGGCCCUCUGAACGAACCGGACUGGACUGUGUCGUAUUCUCAAAUGCAAAUCAGCUCCGAUGCCCAUGAGGCAAUUGAGUUCAUUCCUGUCUUGUACAAUGCUGUCAAGAGUGCCGGCUUGUCUACUAAGAUUGUCUGCUGUGACUUCUUAGGCUGGGGAAACGCUGCCACAUACACUUCUAAGCUGGUCAGUGGAGGCUCGACACAGUACUUGGGCAUCAUUUCAUCCCACGCGUACUCGGGUGACGCCACGACUCCGAUAACGUCUACCAAUCUGCCCAAAUGGAACACAGAGGCUGGCCCCGGAAGCGCCUUCACCACGACGUGGUACGGCAGUGGCGCGGAUAACGAAGGCUUCACGUGGGCUAAUAAGCUUGCAAAUGCUAUGGUCAAGGCUCAACUGUCUGCAUAUCUUUUCUGGGAAGGCUUCGAGAUCCAGGAGACACAGUCAGGCUCGCAUCUUGUUGACGCCACUGACGGAACUAACCCCGUCCCUUCUGGCAUUUUCUGGGCCUUUGCCAUGUGGUCCCGUCACAUCCGGCCUGGUGCGGUGCGGAUCGGCACGUCAGGCAGUUUGAGCAGCACCACAAUUGGUGCUUUCAAGAAUAAAGAUGGGAGCGUUGUUGUGGUGUUCACCAACGCCGGUACCAGUGCACAAAGUGCAGCGAUGGCGUUUUCGGGCUUUACCCCGACUGCGGCCAGUGCUUGGCAAACAAAUCAGGGGAGCACAUUUGCCAGUACAACGGCUAGUCUGUCCGGAGGGAAGGUCACAGUCAGUGUGCCUGCGCGUGGUGUAGUGACGGUGAAGCUGACGGGUGGUGCAUCAUCGGGGACGACCACUCUAAUCACGACCUCCAGUGCAACGACCGCGGUCACUACUAGCACUUCAGUCCGACCUACCACGACGUCUGGGGGUGGAGAUAGCUGCUCUGUCGCGAAAUAUGGCCAGUGUGGCGGCAGUGGGUACUCUGGUUGCACGACGUGUACCAAUGGGAGCACUUGCACGUACAGUAAUGAUUAUUACUCUCAGUGCCUGUAA